UGACGGUGCGCGCGGUUUGAGCCAGCUGUCUCAAGCGUGCGAGCCAUAGGCUACCCGGGGCGCGUGACCAGGCGAGCUACGGGGCGCCGGAGCGGCCAGUUACCGCCGCUUCGCCCUUGCGGGGAGGCCGCACGCCCGCCCGCCGCCAUGCCGCGGUACGCGCAGCUGGUGAUGGGCCCGGCGGGCAGCGGGAAGAGCACGUACUGCGCCACCAUGGUGCAGCACUGCGAGGCGCUGGGCCGCGCCGUGCAGGUGGUCAACCUGGACCCGGCGGCCGAGCUCUUCAGCUACCCCGUCAUGGCAGACAUCCGUGAGUUAAUCGAAGUGGACGACGUCAUGGAAGAUGAAUCCUUAAGGUUUGGUCCCAAUGGCGGCUUGGUGUUUUGCAUGGAAUACUUUGCCAAUAACUUUAACUGGCUAGAGGAAAGCCUUGGGCAUGUGGAGGAUGACUAUAUAUUGUUUGAUUGCCCAGGUCAGAUCGAACUCUAUACACAUCUGCCAGUGAUGAAACAGCUGGUGGAGCAGCUUCAGCAGUGGGAAUUCCGCGUCUGUGGAGUUUUUCUUGUGGAUUCUCAGUUUAUGGUGGAAUCUUUUAAGUUUAUCUCUGGAAUUCUGGCAGCACUCAGUGCAAUGAUAUCGUUAGAGAUUCCACAGAUUAACAUCAUGACCAAAAUGGAUUUGCUGAGCAAGAAGGCCAAGAAGGAAAUAGAAAAGUACUUAGAUCCAGAUAUGUAUUCUAUGAUUGAAGAUUCUACAAAUAUAUUGAAAAGCAAAAUGUUUAAAAAGCUGACUAAAUCUAUAUGUGGAUUGAUUGAUGACUAUGGUAUGGUUCGAUUUCUACCUUUUGAUCGCUCUGAUGAGGAAAGUAUAAAUAUAGUUCUGCAGCACAUAGACUUCACCAUUCAGUAUGGAGAAGAUCUUGAAUUUAAAGAACCAAAGGAAUGCGAAGAAGAUAAAUCUGCUCUUGUGGAUGAAUACUUUCAAGAUCAUGUGGAUGAGUAAAAGCUGUAUGUUCAAAAAUGGGAGGAAAAUACCCUGCUUCUG